UUCAGUCUGCAUUCAGCAGCGCGAAGAGACACAGCGUUUUGACACAGUUAACCCCCUCUCUGUGCUGGUCUUUGCGUCCGAGGCGAUUCACGCACAUAUAUGGAAGAGACUCGGAGCGGUUUUAUUCAUUUAUUCAACACGCAGGGAAGAACAGGACCGUUUCCUGAUAGUUUGCAGCCUUCAUAAGGUGUUUGGAAAAACUACCUGAAGCUUUACGGGACAUCGUUUGCAUGAAACUUUACCCAGAUAAAGACGCCGGAUCCGCCGCUUCGUUUAGCAAAGACAGGUGGAUGAUUGGAAAACGCGUCGAGGACGACCAGCUCAAGUCGAGCAGUGACACCUCCCCUAAAGCUUCCUCUAAACCCAACCUGAAGGGAGCCAUGGCCCUCGGCAGUUUGAACCUAAUGCAGACCCUCAAGAACUCCCCGGCAGCCUUCCGGCGCCGCUUCCGCCGGGACCGAACAGAGUCCCUGUCCCACGGUGACCCUCUGUUCAAAGUCCACUACCUCGGCACGGUGAAGAUCUUCUCUCUGGACCGAGAGCAGGCCCAGGAGGCCAUCUCUCACCUGACGGAGGGCGUCGCCAACGGGAAGAAGCUGAGCAAAGAUCACGCUCUGGUCGUGAGGCCGAGAUACGUAGAGGUCAAAGAGCUGAGCACGGGGCGGCAGCUCACCAAGACGUACCUGCAGGACAUCGCGUACUGCGCCGCCGACGUCGGCCGACCCAACGUCUUCCUGUACAUCUGCAAGCACCAGGGGCAGCAGCUGCAGUGUCGGGUGUUCUGGUGCAGCCGGGCGGAGCGGGCGCGAGACAUGACCGCCUGCCUGGCACGCUCCUUUCAGCGAGCGCUCAGCGACUGGCAGGAUGGCUCAGCCUCUCUGCCGCCAGGAGAGGCCAGAGGCAAACGUCUAGAGGAGUCUUCCAACACGAAGAGCUCUACGCUGCCCGCUGGUCUGGGGAAAGUUCGCUGGAAGAGAAGAGGCUCAGCAUCCAGAAGCCCCAUGAAGGGAAUCACCAGAAGAGGAUCAGCCUCCGACAGUUGGAGCUGAAACAAGAGGCUUCUACGCUAACCUGGUUCUGACUUUUAAAGGUGGAAAAACUGCAUGAAGGAAGGAAGUUUGGGAGGAACAGAGUUGGACUGCUCCAGGAAAGGAGAAGGGGGGGAAUUUAGCUGCCAUCUUGAUCCAUAUUUGGUCAAAUAACGGCAGCUUGUUAGGAUGUAAUCAGAACUGACGAGUGUUUGGUGUUAUGGACAUGAUGGGCUGCAUAAGGCAUCUGACUUCAGAGAACCCUGGUUGGGUGAUGUUUUAAGUGACCUUAAGAAACAGUAAAUCCAUGGUGGUAUGAACCUGUUUCCUUCUCUUUCAAAGAGAUGUUUGAUGCAGAUCCAGUGUGGUUCCCUUCCUCCUGUCAGCCAAAGUUCUCAAGCGAUCCCAAAGUGAUCUGCUCGUUAUGAAAAGGUUAAUGUUUGUCUGAAUUGAAUGGCAGGUCUGGUAACUGUGCCAUCAUUUGUAAAUCAUAAAUCAUCCGCUACGCACUGCAGAUAAAAACAUGGCGGUAGCUCUGGGAGGAGGAGGACGACGCUGUGUUCCUGUUUGGAGCCUCGGUGAGGAAUGUACAGCCGUGCACCUGCAUUCCAAGCUGAGGGGGGAAAUCUGAAUUGGGAAUCGUCUAUUCACGUCCGCCCCCUGAUUGUCUGUCCAAGAGCUGCACGCUUUUUAAAACCUGAUGAUUAUUUAGGUUUACAAAUACGACUUGAGGGCAAACGGUACAUCUCUAGCCUACCGUUAUCUUCCAACUUUAUGAUUUCUCAGCUAAGCUAGAAACGACGACUUUUAAGGAAUUUUAUAUAUAUAUAUAUUUUUUUUCUUUUUACAAUGUGCCACUUUUGUAAGUGGAUUUUAGUAUUUUAUAUUUGAAAGCCUUACCAAAAGCGCUGCUGAUAUCUGGAAAAAGUUAUCCCUGCCUGCUCUAAGCUGUAUUUUUAUUUGUACCGUUGUUGUUGCUGUACAUAUUUAUCUAAAUAUGUAUUUUAUGGAAUAUUAAAGUUUUUAUACAGUC